AUGGGGGUAGUAAGGCCAUACCCUAUCGAGUGGGACACAAUCCCUUACCUAGCAAAGUUCAAGCCCAUCAGUUUGACCGAAUUCCUCACGGGGAAUGAUGCUAUCCUCACUCGGUUGUUCAUUGGCACCCUCAAUGGAGUAGCGUUCGAAUGGUUCUGCAAGUUGGAACCGGGCUCUAUUACAUCAUGGGCCGAUGCAGAAAGACACUUCUUGGCCCGCUUCUUCGAUGAUGACACAGAGGUGUCGAUGGCCACCCUCCUUGUUAAAAAGCAAAGGAAGUCGGAGUCAGUCAAAGACUUUGUGAAGAGGUUUAGGAAUCGGUCAGUUUAUUACCAAGACCAAGUCUCCGAAGCCACGCUGAUUGAGAUGUGCCGCAAUAAUUUUUUGAUCCACAUUCUAUCCAAGGAUGGCGCGGUAGAAACCCAAACCUGGAAAGAACUCGUUCUCCAGGGCGAACUGGUUGAGAAUAUGAUCAAAAGGCUGGAGGCCGAGGAGCCUCAUCCCAAAAAAGGAGCUGCGGAACUGAACGCACCUAAGAAUUCCCCUCAAUCAAGAGGAAAGGAGAUCAUGGCUAUUGACUCUGCUCCGGCACCCAAAUCAGCCCAAAGGCUAAAACCUAGGCCGUUUGAGCAGAUCCCUCCUAGGCAAUACGACUUCAAGGAGGACCAAGUAGUAGCAAACUUCAACACUCUUCUUACUAGCAACAGGAUUAAGCUACCAAAAGCCACCAAGCCUGAAGAGGCUGACAAGACCGGUGACCCAAGCUACAAUGCAUACCACAGAUUCCUCGGUCACCAUACCUUCAAAUGUUAUAUCCUCAAAGAUAAGCUUCAGGUCCUCUACGACGCGGGGGUCCUAAAAAAGGAGAAUGUGCAAAAGAAGGUGACCACGAACAUGAUCACCUUGAGUUUCGGAAGGAUCUCUCAGAAGUUCGGGCGUCAACAGGAUUAG